AGAAAAUUUGCUGAGAAAAUCAGAUAACCUCUGUCAACACCUGUCUGUGGCGCGCGAGAGAGAAAUCGGAGAUGUCAUCAAACCCUAACGAUCCUCGUCAGCCCUCGGCGGCGAGACCCUACGUGGCGCCGCAGAUUUCGCCGCAGGACCUUCCGAUCGACUACGCCGGCUUCAUCGCCGUCAUAUUUGGCGUCGCCGGCGUCAUGUUCAGGUACAAACUGAGCUCUUGGCUGGCGCUCAUAUUCUGCGCGCAAUCCGUCGCGAACAUGCGGAAUGUCGAGAACGAUCUCAAACAAGUUAUGAUGGCUAUGAUGUUUUCUUUAAUGGGAUUGAUAACAAACUACUUUGGACCUCCUAGACCCGGCAAACAAAGUUGAGAUCUCAAGAUUGAGGCAGAAAAAACCUUUUUGUGGGGUCUUUUCGGGAAUUAACCAACAAGCGUGAAAGGAAGUUUUAGAGUGUCAUUGAAAUGUUUCACUGUUCUUCGUGUUAAAGAUGCUUGCGAAGACUGGAUACCUGCGUAUUUGGAUAAUUUUAUAGUUUAUUGAUAUUUAUAUAUUAGAGAUGGAGAUGGUCUGAAAUAUGAGGAGAGCUAUAUUUCCUCUUUAUGCUACUGUAAUAUUUUUAUUGUUAAUUUAUUUGAAAUUAUAGUCUUUUAAUAAGAGUAUGUGUUUCAUUUUAAAA